GUCACUUUGGUGAAGGCGUGUCACGUAUCUGUGUCGUAUCAGUUUCCUUUUGAAAAAGAGGAAAACCAUAGUUCUUAGUGACGUUUAAAGACAUUAUUUUCUAACCACGAAAAUGUAUAUUUUUUGAUUAUUAAAAGUAAUAUUUUAAGAUUUUUAACAAAUCUUGAAAUUCACUGUUGUGAAGGGAAUCGAGUUUUCUACUCAUAGCGUGAAAACAACUACAGCUCCCAGUGUCCUCUGCGGCACCUUCUCUAGCCUGCCGUACUGUUUUUUUACGGACAUUACUGUGACGUCUCGCGACUUUUCAACUUGUUGCUGUUUUCUCUCUCUCAGCUAUGUUAACUGUACUGCAUCUGUGAGGUUCCAUACCCCAUUUCCAGGUGUUAUGAAUGACUAUGAGGUUAUCCGGCAGAUCGGAGAAGGUGCGUUUGGGAGAGCCUUGCUCGUCAGAGACAAACGGGGAGAUGGAGACAGGAGCUGCGUGGUGAAGCAGAUCAGUCUGAGGAAGAUGUCAGCGAAGGAGAAAGAAGCCUCUAAGAAAGAAGUGACUUUGCUGUCACAGAUGAAACACCCAAACAUCGUUUCUUUCAUCACGACAUUUCAAGAGAAGGGCAGCCUGUACAUAGUGAUGGAGUACUGCGAUGGCGGAGACCUGCUGAAGAAGAUCAACAUGCAGAGAGGAAUUCCCUUCUCGGAGGCGCAGAUUGUGGACUGGUUCAUCCAGAUCUGCCUGGGCCUCAAGCACAUCCACGACCGGAAGAUUCUUCACAGAGACAUCAAAUCUCAGAAUAUCUUCCUAACCAGUGGAGGGAUGAAAGUAAAGCUGGGGGACUUUGGUAUCGCAAGAAUUUUGAAUAACACCCUGGAGAUGGCCAGGACGUGUGUCGGGACGCCAUACUACCUCUCACCAGAGAUCUGUGAGAGUCGGCCCUACAACAACAAAACAGAUAUCUGGUCUCUCGGUUGUGUCCUCUAUGAACUCUGCAGCCUGAGGCAUCCAUUCGAGGGCAACAGCCUGAGGCAGCUGGUCAGCAAAAUCUGCAGAGGCCACUACGCACCUGUCCCCAGUCGCUACUCCCACGACCUUCGUCUGCUGGUUACCCAGCUCUUCAAGGUCAACCCUCGAGACCGUCCCUCAGUGAGCUCAGUCCUCCGGCGGCCAUUUUUAGAAAAACACGUCAGUAAACACGUCAGCGCUCAGACGGUGCAGGGGGAGCUGAACCACGCGGCUUCCCCUCGAAACGGAGCAGCAGCUGCAUCAGACGCUGCUAAAUUAAGAACAGGAGCAUCAAAACCGGCAGAGAAGCUGCAGAAGGCGCGAGCAACAGAGAGGCCGGGGGCAGCAGGCAGGAAACCGGCUGCUAAACUGGACCACAGAGCGCCGUUCAGAGUGAACGCCGCUCCCCACAAGCCUCUUCAUCAAAAAGCAGCCAAACCAGCCGCAGACGGAGCGUUUGCAGGGAUUCAGAACUACAGGCUGGAUGGGAGGCAGCCUGACAUCCAUUACCAGCACUAUUACGCCCAGCUGGAUGUCAUUCAGAGGAGGAAUCAGGACGUUCCUGCUGCUGCUGCUCCACCUUCAGCUCCUGAUCCUGCGGCUCUGGAGCGAGUCCUGGAUGUGAACCUGCAGUACUGGGACCAAGACGGUCCACUUGUGGAACCAUACCAGCUUGUGGCUGCAGCUCGUAAUGAGUACCUGCAGAGGAAACAUGAGGCCAACCAGUACAAACUGAGAGCAGAGAAACAGCUGGGUCUGCGGCCGUGUACAGCUGAGAGUAACAGGAAACCAGGCGGUCAGGAGCAGGACGCUGCACUACAUGACAACCAACACUUUCCUCUGCACAGAAAAUAUGAGGGACAGCAGGAGUAUCUGCGUCAGCUGGAUCUCAUCAGGCAACAGUAUCAUCAGGAGGUGAGACAGAUGAGACAGAGAGCUGAAUCAGAGCCACAAGAAAAACAAAGAACCUUUGUGGUGGAAAAAGCUCGAGACCCGGAGCCCGCCUCGGAUACUGAAGAGCAGAAAGAAACACCUGCUCAGGACAUGGACGCAGUUCUGAGGCAGGUCAGAGAAGAAGACGAGGGACAAUCUCAGAAAAAACCCAAAGAUAAGAAGGGAAUCAUGUUUGAAAUCCGGCUGGAUGAAGAAGAAAAAGAAGAAGAAACAAAGGAGGAGAGGAAAAACGAACAGAAGCAGGAAGUGGAUCCUCUCAACCGUACGCUAAGCUUCCAGGAAGGGGAGGAGCUAAAGCUCAAAGACUGGUCAAAGGAGAGAAAGGGGUUGAGCCAAAGGACCCCUCAGACUCUGCUGGACGCCCUGGCCAACAUGGCCGUCAGCUCUGCGUACAGCACAGCGGCUGAGCCUUCAGAAGCAGGUCGCAGGCAGUGGACCAGCGGCCCCCCCAGCUCCCUGCUGGACGCGCUGGCUCAGGCCGAACUCACACCAGCCAUGACGGAGGGAGAGGAGGAGACGGGAAAACGAGAGGAAGAGGAAGAGGAGGAAAAGGACUCGGAUAUAGAGAUGGAUGAAGAGCAUCUGGAGUCGAGGUCUGAUGAUGAUGACACGAACUUUGAGGAGUCGGAGGACGAGCUGAGAGACGCCGUGGCGGACUCCAUGAGGAACCUUUACGUCAUGGAGGACUCGAGCCCUGGAGAAAACACGCCGGAGGACGGCGAAGAAGAGGAGAGGAAGGACGGAGGAGCAGACGGCUCUUCAGGUCAACAAGCCCAAGCAGAGGUCAGCGGUUCAGAGUGUGAAGGCUCACCAAGUGGGUGUUUCUAGUAAACCUGAAGGGCCCCAGACUGACAAGAGCAUCAGGCUGAAAUGAUUCAGUGGUUUGUUAACAGAUGGAUUAUUCUGAAUGAACUCCCUUUAAAAGUGUGAAAGAGGUGAAAGUUUUCACUCUGAAGUUUACAUAGGGAGGGUUGAGUAAGCAGCAGUCCACAGUGGUAUGACUCAUGAAGCCUUGGCUACAUAUUCAUGGUUUACAUCUGGACUAAAAUGGUUGGCUAGCCUGAUUUUAAGUGCACAGUAAUAUAAAUGUAGUUUUAAGAAUGUAAAACAUCUUUAUUUACUUAAAAAAAUAAAUUAAUUUAACAAAAAAAAGUGGCCUACCUGUCA